UUCGUCUGAGAGAGAGAGAGAGGGAGAUGAGCUAUUUGCUAACGACGCUGACGAAGAAGAAGGAGAUCGAUCAGAUCAUCAGAGACACGAUCGAUAAAGUUUUGGUUCUACGAUUCGGUCGAGCCUCCGACGCUGUCUGUCUGCAGCUUGAUGAAACUCUAGCGAGAUCGGCGAGAGAUGUAUCGAAGUUCGCUACGGUGGCUUUGGUGGACGUUGAUUCGGAGGAGGUGCAAGUGUACGUGAAGUACUUCGACAUCACGUUGAUUCCGUCGACGGUAUUCUUCUUCAAUGCGCAUCAUAUGAAGAUGGAUUCUGGAACGGCGGAUCACACGAAAUGGAUUGGAGCUUUCCACAGAAAGCAGGACUUCAUCGACGUUGUCGAGGGGAUAUUCCGGGGAGCGAUGAAAGGGAAACUGAUCGUCAACUGUCCUCUCCCGCCAGAGAGAAUACCGAAAUACCAACUCUUAUACAAAGACGUAUAGAAUCAGAGGAU